AUGGCAGCUGACAUUGACGGAAAGGUACAAAACUGUAACUAUGAAUAUGUCAUAUAUUUUUUCUGCCUUUUUCGAUGAUGAAUACUAGUGCAUUCUAAAUAAGCUUUCGUAUUAAGUUUUCUUGUGCAUCACAGCUCAUUUUAAGAUCAUUAUUUUCAGGCAAAGGAUGAUAGUACUCAUAGAAAGUUAUGGAUUGGAAAUUUAGACAAACGUUUAAGCGAGUGAGUAGAAUUUAGUUUUGUUCUUAUGAUAGGUGAUAUUUCGCUGUAAUGCUGCGUUGAAUCUUGAAGAAAGUAUGUGCUUCCUAACAUACUAAAGAGUUAACCUAGUGUGCUGUUACUUUGAUGUUCUUCCUACUGUCAGUCUAUGGACUAAAAUUGCAUUAUAAUACCCGUACCCUUCGGGUUGAGGAAGUCUCCAGUGUUGAAUCCAAUUUUAUUCGACCUUCCGGGGUGAGAAGAAAAGGUAGGUCCUCAACCAGGGGGGUACGGAUAAUUGCAAUAGUCCUAUGCACCGCAUAAUAAUUAUUAGUGUAAUUCAGUUCACCUGGCAUGAAUAGUUAGGGUGCAUCUUUUUUGUUUUAACAACACAUACACAAAAAAGAAAUUUAUAGCAAUAAUAAAGAAAAAAUAGGUUAAAACUUAAACAAAAAUUUACCUCCCAAUCGCUUAAAAAAAAAAUUCCGACCUCUAUCAACAGUACAGCUGAAAGGGUUUUCUGUAUUGAUCUUCAACUUCAACUUCAAUGUCACACUCAUUUCUUAUUUGAUUAAUGAUAAUAUCAAGAAGUUGUUGAACUAAUUUCCCAUGGGUUUUACUGUAUCGAUCCUCAUUGUUUUUAGGUAUAAUAUUUUAAAGAUUCUUCAACCUUAUGGAGAGAUACAGAACCUUGACCUACUUUUCCAUAAAUCAGGUGUCAAAGAAGGGGAGCCUCGUGGCUAUUGCUUUGUUGAAUUCAAGACACUUGAGGUGAGAUAGUACAAAUAGACUUGAAAAUAGUUCUCUGUUUGAAAUUUCGUGGGAAGUUCUAAAGGAAGAGAACUUACACCUUUUGCUGUUCACUACAAGAAAAUAUGCAACCAUUUGCAUGAAACGGUGACCAGUGGUGCAAAGAUCCAUUCAUUAGCACGAAAAUAUGAACAUUUUUGCAUAAGUUAGAUUCAAUUAUGAGUUUUGCAUUUUAAUCAAUAUUCAAUAACAUUUUGGGCAUUCAUAAAAUUCAAAAAUCGUUAUUGAAUCUGAUUUAUGCACAAACAUUCAUAUUUUCACACUAAUGAAUGUACCUUCGCACUAUUGGUCGCCGUUUAACGCAAAUGAUAAUUUGCAUAUUUUCUCGUAAAUGAACAGCAAAAGACGUUUUGCAGCACUGCCUUGAAGCAGCAAAAUAAGACAUGAAAAGACAACAGAUUACACAAACCUUGGCUUAUCCUGUACAUGGGUAAACUGGUUGGUUCACAGUAAACCAAACUUGGGAGUAUCAUACUUAAGGUCUAAUAAUCUUUUAAUAUUGGUUGAUUAUAAAAUUGUUUAAACUGGACAGCACACACACAAACUCAGUUACAUUCUACACUACCACUCUACAUGGUGACAGCUAUUUCCUUGCGAGGAUCAUUUAAAUUAUAUGUACUGUGAAACCCCACCUUAUGGGGACCUCGGUAAUCUGGUCAAUUUAUGGUCACUUUUUUCUGGUCCAGCUGAAUGGUCAUACAUUAUCUUACAAAAAAACCCUGUUAAUGCGGUCAUGCAGCAGUUAACCCUUUGAACCCUAACAUCAAAAUUCAAAUUCUCAUUUGUUAUCCCUAUACGUUUUCAAUAGAAGUAGUGGGGAGAGUUUAUUGAAGUAUCAAUUAGAUUCAUCUUGUGUGAUCAUGUCCUUAAUUCUCAUGACCACUCUGUUUUAUAAAGCAGUGAUAUUACAAGGAGAAAUUUAAUGCUGAUCACUCUUAGGGCUUAACGGGUUAAUACAGCCAACAGCCAUAACAUUAUUUUAAAAUCCCAAAUGGUAGAAUCUCUUAUAAUUUCACCCCAUUUAUUUGGCCACUUGUUUGAAAUUUAGAAAAUGAAAAUACCUGUGACAUGUCAAUUUUAUUGACCUAGUACACUGAGCCUGUUCUUGUACUGUUUUUAGACUUUUUUUACAGUACAAAUGAAGUGGACUUGUUGUGGUUUUAUAGCUGAAUUUUAAAAGUGUUUUAUGUACUGAAGGAAAAUUUUAAGUAUAGCCGUAGUUUUUUCAAUAAUUACUGUAUGCGAUAUCUACAUUCUGGUUGUUUAUUAAUGAGAACAGUUGUUCAAGAAAUACUAAUGCAAUGUACAGUGUAUUUGUCAUUACAGCCCUCAAGUCAUGAAAUUUGAGCCUGCCCCGAUGAAACGGCCUCCCCAUUAAUACUGCCAAAUUUUUUGGACCCAUUGGGACCAUAUUAACUGGGUUCCACUGUACCAGAAUGUAAUGUGCAAAAUUUACUGUGUUGAUUGAUUUUUAUUCAUGACAGAUUUAGUGAACACUAAGUGACACACAUGUAUAAGUGUAUCCUGUAGACUUAGUGCGGCAAACACUGCUUUAGCACACCCAAGAUAUUAUUGAAUGUGUUCUUCUUUUUGUGUGUGUAUUUAAAAAAAAGAACGCAUCCUGUAUAGAUGCAUUGUACAGUAUACCCUGUUAAAAAAAAAUGAUUACCAGAUAUAGUAUAUAAAUUAUGAAAAUCCCAGCAAUGAUAUUUCUCUCUCAACAGCAGGCAGAAAAUGCACUGCGUGGGCUAAAUGGUAAAUUGGCCUUGUCUAAGCCUCUGGUUGUAGACUGGGCAAAGAAGAAAACUGGAUUAACAGUAAGUAGAUUAAAGCAUAGCCUGCGUAGCAAGCGUUUCCUCGCGAGGUUCGUCUAGAAAGCUGGGACAAGAGCAAAAAAAAAAAUGAAUGACGGGGGAGGGGAAGGGGAGCGAAGGAACCGCUUGCCCGCAAACCCCACGAUUUUGAAAAACUGCGUUCACCCACGAACGCAGCUUCUGAUUGGCGCGGUGCGGGUAGUGUUGAUUACUUAGCAUUCAAAACAUCAAUCAAACCAGGUAUGCUUUGUUUUCGUGCGUUACAGAUCUGGUCUCAUCUGAUUUGUGGUUGCAGAUUACUAAUGCUUUGGACGGAUAUUUAUUGGAAUCUUGUUUGUGCGAAGGUUUAUGAGAUCAGAGUCUUCAAAGUAUAAUUGGAGAUCGAGCAGUGGAGACUAGGGAAGGCCAAUUUAUUGAGAAUGACGGCGUGCGGAUCUGACUGGAAAAAAUGGACUGUUUGUUUGGAGAUAACAUCAACAUAAAUCAAAACAUCGGUACUCGACACUAGCUAAAGCCGCCAUGGACAAACGAUUUGUCAGCUUUUUGAAAUGAAAGAUUCUUUUUGCUUAUUGGAAAUUUAGUGGCAUCUAUUGUAGAGAACAUUUCGACACAAACUGAAGAGAAGCCGCUCUGCAAAACUUAUACGCGGCGGAGUGAAUUGUUCCGGACAAAUAAUUUUACAAAUCUGGUAAUCCAGGGGUAAUCUGUUCGUUAUGUUUUUUUUUUUGACGAGCUGUCAAUUUACAGAUGAACCGAACCGUGAAAUAUCAAGGGGCGUUUUCCAGAAUCGUGGGGUUUGCGGGCAAGCGUUUCCUCUUCUCCCCUCCCGCUCCCCCUUCAACCUUUUUUUUGCUUCCGCUCGAACCUUCGCGUAAUAACUCGAUUGGAAACGCUUGCUACGCAGGCUAAUUAAAGCAAUAAUUUUAAGUCUAAUCUUAUAGCAAGUAAUGAUCACGGUUAAUUAAUUAUUGAUCUGGAUAAAAGUUUGACUGCUGAUAAUUGUGAAAUAACAAUAGUUUUAGGAGUAUGUUUAAUAUUUUAAACUUUUGAGUUCUUGUAAGAUCCAAAGUUAGCUUGAAGAAGACCUUGUUACGGUAUUAUUUGAACAAGUGACAGGCUUUGAAACAGGUACAUCAGACAGAUGAACGAUGGUAACAAAGAACACAGGGGUGGAUUGAAACUACAGCUGUGACGAAUGACUAUGGCAAAUACAAUAAUUAUAAUAUUUAAUGCUAUCAUAGACACUGCCCCCUCAUUCAGAGAAAGGGAGGGUUUUGAAAUUCAAACAGGGACUUCUGUAUGUAGUGCCCACACCCGCUUCUCUCUAAAAGGGUAUCACAUAUGGUCUGAUUAGAGGGAAAAGAAAGUUUAGUUGAUUGGUGACAGAAAUCUUUCAAAUGAUAUUAUUAUUUUUUGCAGUGUCAGUGUUUUCACCAGGAUUUUGUCUUAAGGAGUCCCAGGGCCCGCUCUGCCGAAAAAUAGGGUCCCUGUGGGAGCUUAAGGAGGGCAAAGUUACUUGCGUUCCACGACUGGAAUGGAAAAAAUCCUCCGUAAUUUCUCUGCCUUCCAUUUCAUCAAGGCAGGUUCAAAUUCUAGCAGCAUGUCUACUUAAAGUGUUUUUUGGAAAAUUUGAAAUUCCCUGCGGAGUGGGUAAAUGCAUAUGCUUAAUGUUUGCCUCAAGAAGGAUCUUGAAGGUUAUGAUUGUUUUGUCAGCAUGAAAUUUUUGUAGGCAAGCCAUGAGUAUUUCAAAAGCCGAGCACUCUGGAAAACACAAUUUUCUUCAAUGGAACAGCUUCUUGAUAUUUGCUUGCUACAUUGUCCUCUUUCUCAUCAUCUUCACCACUGUUUCAAUAACCUUCUAAACUAUCUCCAAGCCUUGGUGUUUUAGGGCUUAAGAAUCUAACUUUCACUGUGUGGCAUGGCAAACCACACAGUACAAAGAACUUGAGCCCACAAUCUAAAAAUGGUCUGUUACGCAAAGUAAAAAUGUAGAGAAAUUUUGUUACCUUUGUUUCCUGUAUCCCUGACACAUAAAAAGGACCAAAGACUCAAAAUAAUUCAUGGUAGUUGUCCCGUGGGACAUAAAGAUCGAUCAAUCGAUCUGAAGAUGUUUUCAUAGAGUAAUUAUCCUGUUUGUGUGAUUUCUGUGGCUGUUCUUACAGCUGUUGCCUAACGAGGUAUAUUACUUUUGGUCUUUGUUGUGUUCACACUAGAAAGAGUUUUUAUUCCAGUAAACUGUUAUACAGAGUUUUGGAGUCUGUCUUCAGGGUGUUUGCAUGGUUACAUAAAGGCCCAAAAAUAUUCAGUUUAGGACUCAUUUUAGGGGUGUUACUAAAACGAAGACCCAAAAACGAAGACCUAAGACCUAAGACCCCUUGGACUAAAACAAAGACCCCAUGGACUAAAACGAAGACCCCUUGGACUAAAACGAAGACCCUAUGGACUAAAACGAAGACCCUAUGGACUAAAACGAAGACCCCAUGGGCUAAAACGAAGACCCCAUGGACUAAAACGAAGACCCCUUGGACUAAAACGAAGACCCCACGGACUAAAACGAAGACCUCAUGGACUAAAACGACUGAUGCUAACCGCUGAGGGCAAUGCCCGCUCCCGUAAUUUGUUACGGCGAUUUGGGAAUGUUGUGGAAUUUCCUCUGCAGUAUUUAGUUGUGAUAGUCAAGUCUAUCGCUUACCUUUCCUUCAGGUUUCUUUGCGGAAAAUAUUUUGCAUGUUUUAAACCUCUUUGGAAGUGUUUACGGUGAAGAUGACGUCAGUUUUAUUUAAAUGAAAGCUUUUUUUUUUUCCCUUGUCUUUUUCCUUCUUUUUCUUUUACUAUUAUUUUUUUUAUCACAGUUAUCAUAAAAACAACUGUUUAAGCCGUAAAGAUUAGUCAUUUUUUAACAAUAGAGGACAGAAUAUCGUAACAGCGUAUGACAGGGAUAUAAAUAAAACAAAUAAAACCCGGCAUAAAGACAAAUGAACCACGCUUAAAUGAAUAAUGUUCGAGUAAUGUUCUAGAUCGAAGUUAUUGAUCAGGUAAAAAGUAAUAAAUAGAGCGCGAGGUUCCUCUCUCCUUGAAUUCGUCAAUGAGAAAUUCCCUCCCUGUACUAUGUGUUGUCACUGUUUUGUUUUUUAAAUGCAUUCUAUUUGAUACAAUUCUUCGACAUUUUAGAAAGCUGGAGCACGCGGCUAUAUUUUCUUAACUCAUUACACCCGGGAUGACACCCAAAUCAUCCGACAUUGAAUUUUGAACGGUAAAAUAUCAGAAAGGCAAUGGACCCCCUCCUCCCUCAAACCCCAACUACGCGCCCAAAACACGUUUGCCGGAAGUCUACAAGACAAAUCCUGUCAUAAGCCUUUUUGAUUGUCUAGGCCUCCCAUGAACACGCUGAUGACCUUUGGGCUUGUCACGCCAAUCGCAUUAUAACCACACGCGCGUUAUAACCACACGACACACUAGAGGGCUCCCUCGCCUUCACCCUGCAAAAAGCUUUCAUUUAAAUAAAACUGACAUCAUCUUCACCGUAAACACUUCCAGAGAGGUUUAAAACAUGCAAAAUAUUUUCCGCAAAGAAACCUGAAGAAAAGGUAAGUGAUAGACUUGACUAUCACAACAAAAUACUGCAGAGGAAAUUCCACAACAUUCCCAAAUCGCCGUAACAAAUUACGGGAGCGGGCAUUGCCCUCAGCGGUUAGCAGCAGUCGUUUUAGUCCAUGGGGUCUUCGUUUUAGUCCAUGGGGUCUUUGUUUUAGUCCAUGGGGUCUUCGUUUUAGUCCAUAGGGUCUUCGUUUUAGUCCAUAGGGUCUUUGUUUUAGUCCAUGGGGUCUUCGUUUUAGUCCAUGGGGUCUUCGUUUUAGUCCAUGGGGGUCUUCGUUUUAGUCCAUAGGGUCUUCAUUUUAGUCCAAGGGGUCUUCGUUUUAGUCCAAGGGGUCUUAGGUCUUAGGUCUUCGUUUUUGGGUCUUCGUUUUAGUAACACCCCUCAUUUUAGUUUUAACUGGGACUCAUGAUUUUUUGCAAGAUGAGACGUCCCAGGACUCACCAUAACUAUUUGUAAGAAAAUCACGGAAAUGCAUUUGCAUGCAUGCAUGAUUUAAUGGUUUGAAUUCUUUGAGAAACCAUCAUUAAUCAGAAAGAGCAAAGAGGAUGAAUAUUUGCUAGACCAUUAAAAAACUGCCAACUAACUUCUGAAAGUCCCUAUGGCUCGUAGCAUCUUUGUACACCCAAGUGGGCACAUAAAUGCGUCACUUCAAUUAUUUUUCUUGUGGCAAUCCAACAAGGAUGUGGCCUGGUGAGAACACUGUGGUGUAGGUCAUUUUUUAGUACUAUAGGAUUAAACUGUGGGCUGCAGAUUGUUGCUUGACAGUAGAAGAAAAUGUCCCUUCUCUCCCCUGAUUACUUGUCAGAAUGUACAGAUUACUCUCACCAACUGUCUCCAAUUCCAACUAGGGCUUAAAAGAACAAGAAGAAAAGAAUGUGCCAUCAUCUACAGCAUCCUCAAAAAUCUCACUAAAAAGGUGAGACAGAGAGCUGAGACAACUUGUAUUCAUUUCAACUUUUCUUUUGCUCAUUGUUAAUCUUCUACUUAAUAUGAAAUUUUCAAAAAAGGCACUUUAUGUUUAAAAGUGUUUAGCUAUUUAUUUAGCACUAAAGUACUAAUUGGGGACACUAUGUUCAUGUGUCCUACUGGAGACAGAAUGGCCAUUUUACAUACAUGGUUGAUCAUCUGAGCCACACGAAGGUCUAGCUAUUUUACAGGGCUGGUUUUUUUCUGACUGUGAGUAUUGGUCUGAUUCCAAUAAUCGAAGCUAUGACCAUUUACUCUACAGUCAAGGGUUCUACUGACUACCAUGUUACCCACACACUGAGCUCGCUGCCUUACAGCCAAGUUGUAAAUGAUCACAAGUUAAAAGGGCACAUUUUUUGUUAAGAAUGAAAUUAAAAAAAAACAACAAUAAAAUUUUUAUUUGAGUGCCAGUGUAUUUAGUACGAAAGUACUAAUUGGGGACGCUAUUUUUAUGUCUCCAGCUGGAGACAGUCCGCCAUUUUAUGUGGUCAUCAGAGCCUAGCCGCUUGCAGUGCAAAGGAAGUACCUUCAUUUCUUAGUUAUUUUAAGACUCUGAGUAUUGGUCCGACUCUGGGAAUCGAACCCUCAACCUUCUGCUCUCCAAUCAAACGCUCAACCCGACUGAGCUAAUACUGCCGCAGUCAAAUAACAACCAUCUUUAGUCUUGCUAUUAGCAGGACUAACGUUGAAGCUCUCUUGACAGCUUUGAACUAGGUAGCAAUUAAUCCUGGUGUAAUGUUGUAGCAAACGUCUGUUACAAAACUGCAGUGAGUGAAGAGACGCAAGUGAAUUCCACAAGUACUUAUUAUGCAGUGAAUAAUAGUUAUUGUCCAGGUUGCAUACAACUUGUUUUUUCAAGCAAAACUUAAAUGUUAGGAAUUUGUUGAAACUCUCCUUAUUCAUUUGAUAAUAAUUUUUUCCUUUGUUUUGUCUGCCUUUAGCUGUGAAUCCAAAAUUAGAGCAAUUGAGAACAAGCUCAAAUUAAUGGAGAGCGGUCAUGAAAAUCAACAAGCCACACCACAAGGAAAACAUCCUCUACUUGUACAGAGUGAAAGAACAAGAACUCACCCAUACAAGAAGCAAGAAAGAUACAGCAGAGGAAGGAAUAGCAGGACAAGAUGAAUGGAGUAGUACAGCAUCUAAAUUCCGGUCAUAAUAGACCUUGAUCAAUGGCCAUGUUGAAUUUAUUACAUUUCAGGAGUAUUAUGGGAUGCUCAGGGGGCACUCACCCAGUUUUUAAGCACACUUUCUGUGAAAAAACAGAACUUCAAUGUAUAUUUCUCGGCAAAAAGAUGAUCGUUAUUACAAUUCCAAACACGGCACAAUGAUCUUUUUUUCCCUUUACAAUCUUUUUCUAGGAAAACUUUUCUAUAAAGAACAAUUUGCCCAAAAAGCACGUAAUUACCGAUGCGAGUAUAUUGGAUCGUGCUCAUGCCCCGUGGGCAUCCCAUAAAACUCCUUAAAUCCAAGUAAUUCAAUACGGCGACCGUAUCAGUAAAAAGGUCAAUAAUUUGUUGAAACGCUUGUGAAUUCUUCCUUCCCUUCCCUUUCAAUGUUGAUUGUGAAGAUG